AUGUUCCCUACACGACCCGUACUGAGCAAGGCAUCUCGCCUCCCGCUUAUAUCCAAACACGCGAAUAAAGAUUUCUACAAAGGAAACCGUGUCUCCGCUCUUCCUGGUGGACCACGAACUGGAGCGCCGGGCCGACACGUUGUGAGAGGAAAGGGGAAGUACAGACUCGACGAUACCAAAGUGCGGGUAUUUAUUGCCCCUCCGCAAGAGGUUUUACGGACGACGGCACUAAAGCCCUACGUCUCUACCGCAGUCCGCCUCUCCAACUCGGAGAAACGUACAAUCCUGGGCCGGUUCACACCACGAGGAUUCGACGGGCAGCAUUAUCUUGACAUGUACAAGGCACUC